AUGUCGAUCUCCAACAUACAUUCUCGCUCCGAAUCCACGGCAUCCAGUUCCUCCGGCGGCUCAGGGUAUCAAUUGAUCCUCGAUCACAUCCUGUCUUACCCCGGCAGCUAUGAGAUCCCCCUCCGGACCAUGUACACGCUCAACAGCACCCCCCGCGCACAACCCUCGCAUUCGGGCAACACAUCGCCUGGCAGCUCAUCCGGCUCCCCGACCAACUCCCAGUCUCCCUUCUCCGAUCCUGCCACAGCCAAGACCUUCAAUGAGAACUUGAUGGCCCAGUUGUCCGCACUACCCACCCAACCCACCUCGCUGCCUCCCAGCUUCAUCACUUCUUUCGUGAGAAAGUGUUUCCCCGCCAUCCUUCCCCAUGUCGACUUCCCCCAAGCACUCACUGGCCUGGACUAUCUCAAAGAUCUGGAGACGAGACGAAGGCGAGAAGUCGCCGCUGCCAUGGCCCGCCUCGACAUCAACCGAAAUACCCUCGCUUCAUCAUACGACGCCCUCUCCGCGCAAUAUCCCGGCGUGGCUCAAUGGAUUCAAUCCAUUGAGGACAAGGAGCGCAAGAUCGAUGCUCUCUACACCCAGCUCUACAUCGGCCUCCGCCGCUGGAUCCUCAUCAAUGAGCUGUCAUUGCUCCCCUUCAACCGACAUAACUGCUACGCUAUGCUGAACACCCUCUACCCACCUGUCGUCACGACUCCUCCAACCUCCACCCUCACUUCCUCCAUCCUCAAGAACCAACGAGACGGCUUCAUCAAGUACAUCCAGAGCGUGGAGAAGCAUGGUCCUCGCAUCUUGAAGACACUCAUGGAACAAGGGCGCGCUCCUGGCGAGGAAUGGGGCUGGCCGGCAGUCACCCGCACUCUCGGCAUCUAUCUGCAGCUCGCCAACAGCAUCAUCAGCGACUGUAUGGAAAUCACCGACGUCCAGUGCAUCUCUCCUCGGAGGAACUCUUCCACCAGCGAACGACAGCCACGGAAAGUCGACUCAGGCGUUAGCUUCAAUGUCACGGAAGCCCUCGACUCCCCCACCGCUCCUCCCGAGGUUAGCAGGCUUGACACCAUGCGGCCCAAGACUCCUUCUGGCAGCGUCAUGACCGGUAGAUCACGAGCCACCUCCAACCCCAGACACCCCACCGCACUGGAGCGUCUCGCCCGCGGUCUCCGCACCAUUGGACGCAGCCGAACAGACGCGCGAGCACUCCGCAAAAUGCGGAGUAUGGGAAACAUGAAC